UUUUUACAUAUGUUCACAUGUGUAAAUAAAAGAGAAUUGUUCUGUUCAUUGUUUAUUUCUUUUGUGGAACUUACAAUUUUACAUGAAACAUUAAACAUAUACAACAUAUAGGCCUACAAUCAUUUUUUCAUCAUGUAAAUUAAAUGUUUUUACAUUAAAAAGCCUUUUCAAAAAGGGGGAAGAGUAAAAGAAACUAACUCACAUACUCAAAUCAAACCAUAAAAUAUUUGAACAUACAAAACAGAUCUAUGAUCCAUUCAAAUUUUGUCUUUAGUUGCUAACGAUAUAAAACUAACAUUACAUAGUUUAACCAUACAUAUUUUGGUCCAGUGUCCCGUCGUCGCCGGCAGUGAAGCAUGUCAAAACCCAAUAGAAAGUCAUAAAACUUUAAAAUGCACACACAAACGUCAGCUGUCUGUCACACAGCCGCUAGCCAUGUAACAACGCUCGGCUCAUUGUUGCCACGUCUGGGAUUGGGAUACUUUUACACUUGUGCUGUGAUUACGCUACUUUUGGGAUGGUUUUGUUGCGCAGACCUGGCAACCCUCCACUCCAAAGCCCCACCCCUUUCAUGCACUCCAAAGUGCACAGCCCCUGAAUUGGGACACAGCUAAUGACUCAGCUGAAGUGCGCAACGAAAGUGUGCAUGCAGCAGGCUCCUUUGCCACUCAUUCUGGCUGAGGGGGCAUGUUCCGGCGGGAAAGUGACGUCAAUGCAUACCCUCUAUACUAUGCAUAAUAAUGUACAUUGAAGUUUAAACUGCUAUGUCCAUAUCAAUAUGCGCAUGUUUGAAAUCAGGGCUUCGCACCUCUGACAUUAGGGAUUAUCAUUCCCAACAUGGCACUUAAAGCUUAAAGCUCAUUCUGUGUCACUUUGUGUCUUUAAGUUCCUGUUAAGGAGACAAAAUGGAAGCUGAAAUCAACAAUCGGCAAAAAAUGGACUGAUAAAGAGAGAACAGAAAUGGCAAAUUCUGCUUUAUCAGCAGUUUUCCAUUGUCUAGAAAAAAGAGAUGCGCUGAAAGAAGAUCAUCAGAAUAUUAAUGCUGCAGCGCUGCAGACAGAGGAAGAGACACUGACUGAGGAGAACGGCGUGCAAAAGGAGGAUUUGAGCAAACAGAUGAGUGAACACGAGAACAUGAGACUCCUAGUGAACACAGUGAUGGAAACCAGUAAACAAGAGGAAAAGGAAGCCAAACCAGAAAAUAAAAUAAAACGUCUGAGUGAUCAACAACCAGGAUGUUCAGAUCAGAAAUUACCGGACAAUGAUGUCAAAGUGUGCAUAUUUCGGUCUGGAAAAACAAAUAACGCAGAUAAGGAAUUUACUGACUUUCUGAAAAACAGAAUUCUGAAUCUGAGGGAAGUUUCUACAGUGGAAGAGAGUAACAUUAUUUUGGUUUUCUGUCCUGCUGUUUCCCGAACUCGGACUGAUAUUGAAGAAGCACUUAAAAGAUUCAGUGGCAAGACAGACUCCCAGCUGGCUGUUCUAGUGGUGCUUCAUCACACAUUUGACCCAGAGAAAACUGUAACAGACAGCAGCAGAUGUGUUACCAGGACAGACAUACUCACAGUGGAUUGUCUGUUCUUUGAGGAUGAAGGAUUACUGAAGUGUCAGAAGAAUUCAGAUGCAUUUGGCAAAGUUGAGCAUUGGUUAAAACAGCAGUGGUGGAAAACAGGUGCCAAAAUAUCUCACUGUCAAAGGCCUGGACAUAUCCAAAAUGAAAGCCCACACAAAUCAAAUAAGCUACAGAAUAAAGGUGAAUCUCAGCAAACGGUGAGAAAGAGGCAGAGAGAGGAGAACAUUUCUAGUAAAAAGGGGGUCAAAGUGUGCUCCAUUUUGGCUGGAAAGACAAAUAACUGUGACAAGGAAUUUAUCACCACUCUGGGAAAAAAAAUUGAGAUUCUGGGAGAAGUUGCUACAGUGGAAGAGAGUAACAUUAUUUUGAUUUUCUGUCCUAUUGUUUCUCGAACUGGAACUGACAUUGAAGCAGCACUGAACAAAUUCAGUUACUCUACAGACACUAAGCUGGCUGUUCUAGUGGUGCUUCAUCACACAUUUGACCCAGAGAAAACUGUACCAGACAGCAGCAGAUGUGUUACCAGGACAGACAUACUCACAGUGGAUUGUCUGUUCUUUGAGGAUAAAGGAUUACUGAAGUGUCAGAAGAAUUCAGAUGCAAUUGACAAAGUUGUGUAUUGGUUAAUGGAACAGGGGAGGAAAAUGGGUGUCAAAAUAUAUCCACAUAAAAACAAUUCAACCAACAAAUCAAUCUGGCAAUUCUUUCCCAGAAUUUGGCAGUGAGGAUCAGUACUCGCUUGUCACUCUGUCCACCAUUGCUUACUGCAACGCUAAAUGAUUAUUAGCUAUUAAAGUGUGAAUAUAGGUUUAUAUAAAGUGUGCAAAUAAAAAAGUCUGAUUAUUAUAAACCAUUUAUGUGAUGUGAAUGAAGUAAAAGUCUACUCUAUAGAGAUCAUGUUAUGUACCGAUGAAUUAUAUCCGUUUUUGCAUUUCUCUUCUAAUAUUUGCCUGAAACCUAAGAGAUAUAAAGCAUUAUAGAAAUAAUUAGGGUGUAUAGCUAUUAAAUGGGUGUUUUAUUGUUUACGCAAAUUUUCCCUAGUGGUCAAAGGUGUUUGUUCCACCAGUUCAAAAUACAUUCAUUUUCUUGACAGGUUACCAUUGUGACUCCAGACUUAACUGCAAAUUAUUGUGUAAUAAACAUUCAUUUUCAUUUUGUUACUUUAUGCUAUUUUACUUUUAAUAUUGUCUUUUUAUCUAGAGGUGAAAGCUGUAUCCAACUAUAGCUUUUGUAGAUGGAUGCUAAAUUGAAUAUGGAAAAUGCUGGCAAUAGUCAAGUCAGAAAGGGAAAUCAUUUGAGAAGUUACAUUGAGGCUAGAUGUUAGCUUUAAAAUGUGACUUGACACCAUCUCUUAAAAAUAAUACAUUCUCUAGGUGCAUCCCAAUUUGCGUACUUAUGCAGCAUUCUGUGACGUUUUUAAGUAAAAAUAGUGCGAGUAGUGUGUUCACACAGAAAAUUCCAAAAAAAAAAGUGCACUUUAAAUACCCGGAUGAAGCUUUAAAUUAACGGAAAAAAUUAAGUGUGGAAUGUUGGACACUUCAUGCACUCAACUGUCGCAGCUUUAAUUACGUUGCGGAGGGGGAGGGGGAUCAGAUGUUGAUGUUUAAUGACAAAAUAACCUUAUAAAAUUUACAUACUACAUGGAUGAGUACAUAGUGCAUAAGUACAUAGUGAAUAAGUGCAUAGUGUGUCAUUUGGGACGCAACUUCUCUUUAUCUGUAGGCCUAUACCGCUCAGUCAUGUCUUUUAAAGAUAUUCCUUUUAAGUUAUCUGUGAAGGGUUUAAUUAUUAUUGUUUAAAUGUAAAGGUACUUUAAAAGUGGAGUGUCAAGUAAUCAUUAGUGAAGGGCCAAUUUUUCAAACAAUUUUUAUAGAUGAAUAAACACACCUGCAAAUAAGACACAGUCACCAAAAUCAAAACUCCACAGCACACUGAUAUAUACAACCUGUAUUUAUGAAGUAGUGCAGAUAUCAGUACAUAAAUUAUUUAAUGUUUAAUUUCAGCUAUACAAGUGAUCUGCUCAUUCCACUCAUUUCUCUAUCAUCAUCCAAACCCAGUGCUUUGCUGAAGAUUGAAACCCUUUUGAUAAACAUGCACAGCUGUUGCAUAGAAAUCACCUCUAUAUUCUCUUUCAUGCAACUUAAUAGUGUUUUUCUUUGAUGUAAUGUGUGAACUUUGAAUAAAGAAGGGCAACCCACACUGUCUAUUUUAGGGCUUUUUUUUUUUUUUUUUUCAUUCUUUCAGAAAUGAAUUAAAAUAUAAAGACUUGCUGGUGAGGUCAAGCUGGGGAGAUAAGUGAGUGGCACUGCUAAAGAAACAAAGGAAGGUUUAGCAAACCAAAAACUGACCACAUGGUCUAAAAAUUACUUACACAUAUGCAGUGUAGUGACUCUGUCUAUCAACAUUUCUGGGUUAAUCGAAGAGUUCAGUUAUUUAAAAAAAAGUUAUUUUAGCACUGCAGUGAAAUCGCAACACUGACCAUAUGUGGCAGCUUUAGGAAAUGCAGGGAUCAUGGUGUAGUGCUUCCCAGUGUCUUUUUUAAUACUCCAGAUUGUUGUUUGGGGAGAAAUUGUGCUUUUUGCAGGUAGACCAUAGUCAAUGUCACUCUGAAACAAAUGUUGCAUAUGUACAAGAGUAUGAAAGUGAAGUCAGAUGAGUUUAAAUUUUUUGGCUUGCCUUUUUUUUUUUGUGGCUAUGCUUUGAGAGGGGGACUUGGUUGACUGGUUGUCAGGAGUGAAUUUGCUUCAGCAAAGAUAAGAGAGAGACAUACAGAGCAACAUUUUGGUAACAGACAUUCAUUCAAUCACAUUUAUCAAACACAGAUACAUAGUGCAAAACAAGUUUAGACCCCAUUUAUGCAGUUUCUAUGACAUUAUAAUCAAAGACAUCCAGAUUUGACCCAUACCAAGUCUAAGCCAGUCCAGAGGGUGUGUGACUGUUUUUGGCUGUCAUAAGGGGCUGUUUUGUGUCAUGUGACCGUAGGAACUAACUACUUCUGAAAGCAAAUGCACAUAAUCAGCUCAGCAGCCAACAUGCAGGUCAAUAUUUGCAUGUUUAACUGGAGCUGAUCGGGGUCAAGCGUCUGUAAGAAAUGCUUUCUGUGAUCAAAACUAAUUGAAUUCAUAAAUGCAAGUUUUAUCUGAAACAUACUGAAUGUAAUACUGGAUGAAGUGCCUGCAUCUGCUUAUUACAUGCAUUCAUAAGGCACCCACAGUGAGAAAAAACUGUCACAAAAAACCCAUCAGACGAGUCCUAAUGUUUUUUAUCUUCCAAGCAGAAGUUUGUUGACAGUGUUAGAUUAUAAUGAAUGUGAUUAUUCACAGAUUUAGAUUCACAGGGCUAGUUUCUACAAGGUCUAAUGUCAAGUUCAGACAUUGGUCUUAGUUUGAAUAUGAUGCUGUUGCAUAGACAAUGAGGCCAGUCAGAGUUUAAACUCAGAAGAUAAAAUUUUUGUGGUGAAAACAGAGCCAGAGAGGAAAAGCUUGACCUCACCAAAAUGAUUUACAACGUAAAAUAAAGCUGUAUAGGACCAUCAGUACAAACAAGUGGAAAAAAACACCUUAAAAACAGACAAAUUGUAAUGUUUAUUAACGAUUCUUGUUUACUAUGAUAUUUUUGUUUGUAUCAUAUCUGUGUAAAUAUAAUUUGCACAUAUAUAUUUCAACUAUUUUAGGGGGAAAGUCAUUGUCUUUGUCAAUAUUAAUUGCAACUGCUGUCAGGAAACAGUUCUCUUAACAUCUAAAUUAAACACAAAAGUAUUUUAAUGGUGAUUUCUUUUUUUUUUUUACAAGGAUCCUGAUCUUUC